AUGAUGGUAGCCAUGGAUUAUUUCCUUGGUCUAAUGAUACUAAUUUUCUCUCUUCAGCCUUUGUCAUACAUUGUUGAAGCUAAAAUCAGUGGCUUCAGCGUUGAACUAAUUCAUCGUGACUCCAAACUAUCUCCGUUCUAUAAUCAUNUUCAGCCUUUGUCAUACAUUGUUGAAGCUAAAAUCAGUGGCUUCAGCGUUGAACUAAUUCAUCGUGACUCCAAACUAUCUCCGUUCUAUAAUCAUUCUGCCACUCCUGGAGAGUUGUCAAGCUAUGAUGUUUUGCGAUCCAUUGCCCGAAUCAACCACUUUCGUCCAUCAUCUCCUUUGUCAUACAUUGUUGAAGCUAAAAUCAGUGGCUUCAGCGUUGAACUAAUUCAUCGUGACUCCAAACUAUCUCCGUUCUAUAAUCAUUCUGCCACUCCUGGAGAGUUGUCAAGCUAUGAUGUUUUGCGAUCCAUUGCCCGAAUCAACCACUUUCGUCCAUCAUCUGUUGAUGGAGAAAAAAUUGAGUCUGUGAUAAUUCCAAAUGGUGGUAACUAUCUCAUGAAAAUUUCUAUUGGCAACCCACCAGUUGAAAGCCUAGCCAUUGCUGACACAGGAAGUGAUCUUGUGUGGAUCCAGUGCGCACCUUGUGACAAUUGCUAUCCUCAAGAUAGUCCCAUCUUUGAUCCGGUGAAGUCUUCUACUUACAUGGAUCUUCCUUGUGACUCAAGUUCUUGUCAAGCUCUACCAAGGUCUCAAUGUGGCAACACAAAUAAUGACUGCCAAUAUAGAUAUCGUUAUGGAGACAGAUCAUAUACCAUUGGAGUCCUAUCCACAGAUACCUUCACAUUUGAUUCCACGAAUGCUCAGGCCACUGCAUUUCCAAAUUCUGUAUUUGGAUGUGGACACAACAAUGCUGGAACUUUCACUAGGCGUGGCUCCGGACUUGUCGGUCUCGGGGGUGGACCUCUGUCACUGAUUUCUCAAUUGAGUGCUGAAAUAGAGCAGAAAUUCUCGUACUGUUUGCUGCCGAGGACAGCGAACUCCGCCAGUAAAUUGAAAUUUGGCAAAGACGCAAUUAUAUCUGGUGAAUUUGUUUCAACUCCUAUAUCACAGCCACGGGACUCGAGUUCAAACACUUUCUACUCUCUCACCCUUCAAGCCGUAAGCAUAGGGAGCAAUAGCAUACCAUACAAUCAGAUGGAGGGUAAUAUAAUUAUUGAUUCAGGAACAACAUUGACUAUGUUGGAGUCAAAUUUUUACAGUGAACUUGAAGCUGCGGUGAAAGAAAUAAUUAAUCUAAACACAGUACAAGAUCCACGGGGAAACUUCAGAUUGUGUUAUGAUUCAACUUCCUUCAGUACGGCUCCUGAGACACCAAUAAUAUUCCAAUUUACUGGAGCUGACAUUACUUUGAAGACAAUUAAUACCUUCGUAGUUUUGGAUGGUAUUACUUGCUUGGCAAUCAUCCCUUCAAAUGAUCUCAAUAUCUUUGGUAACAUUGCUCAGAUUAACUUCCAAGUGGGCUACGACCUUGCAAAAAAGCAAGUCUCUUUCGCUCCAGCAGAUUGUACUCAAUAUUAG